AUGGGGGAUUCACAAGCAAAAUAUAAUAUAUGGACUGCGGAGGAGAACAAUGAAUUAUUAAGACUUAUGGUUGAUGCUGCAAUGCGAGGAUGGCGUGAUAGGAAUGAUUCUAUGACAAAGAAAUUCACAGCUAGUGAUGAAGUAUGGGAGGAUUAUUUUAAGUCUCACCCUAAACAUGAACAUUAUCGGACUGAUACUUUUGAGGAUUAUGAAGACUUAAGACUUGUAGUUGGGAAUGGAACUGCUACAGGAAAAUACGCAAUUGGACUUGGAGAUGACACUGAUGCGAGAACCUUUGAAACAGAAGAAAAUGGGGGUACUAACUUAUUAGAUGAUUACGUGUUUGAUCACAACAGUGGUGAAUUCAUACAAAGCAAUAGGCAAGAAUCUUCAUAUCAGCCUCUAUUUUCUGAGGACCUUGCUUCACCAUUACCAUCUCAACCUAUGAGUUCUGAGGUUCCACAAGCAACUAGAAAAUGA